AUGGUGAAAAACCACGGUCAGUGGCUCCCACAUGCAUUGAGCAACGGCAACCGUCAAAGACGCCUGGACAUCUGCACUCAGCUGCUCUCCAGAAUCCGCAGAUUCGACUGGCUGGAAACCAUUGUCACUGGAGAUGAAAAACGGAUCCCCUACGUCAACGACAGCCACAAACGUGCGUGGUGCGCUGGCGAUGAAAUGCCGGAUCCUUUCGUAAAAGGUGAGAAGGUUAUGCUGAGCGUCUGGUGGGGAGUACAUGGAAUCUACCGCUUCGAACUGCUGCCGGACAAUACGACAGUUACUGCCAAGGUCUACUGCGCUCAACUGCAAAUACUGGCCGACAAGAUCUACAAGGAGCACAAGAAGCUCGACAACGUUCGCCUGCUGCACGAUAACGCGCGCCCUCACAUCGCGAAUAAGACUUCCCAGAAAAUUCUGGAGCUCGGACGGGAAGCUCUACCGCACCCACCGUACAGCCCGGACUUGGCCCCGAGCGACUACCACCUCUUCCGAUCGCUUCAGCACCGCCUGGAAGAGAAGAGCUACGAUGAUCGUGACCACCUCGAAAAUGGCCUUCCGGCUUUCUUCGCCUCCAAGUCGCCGGAGUUCUACGCCAAAGGAAUCCGUGAUCUUGUGAGACCUUGGCAGAAGUUUGUCGAUGUUGAUGAAGAUUAUUUCGUCUAA